AUGGAGAACCACAAAGUGCCCAUCGAGCCCCUCGUGCCUCCCAUAGUCGACGAGGCCGAGCUGAUUGGCAAUUCGAGCGCUGAUUUCCCCAUCAUCGAAGCAGAGCCGGAAGAGGAGCUUAAUUUGCCUCUUGAUACUGCUGAACAACAGCGCCUGCUGCUCGACCAAGGCGAGGCGCAACCCGCAGCUGGACCUCCCCUCACAUUACCAGGACGUCCAGGGCUGCAACGAGGCAAUUCAGUGCCUACGCCUGCACCUCACCUUCCUCCUCCGGCACCCCCAGUGCCACCUCCAGAUACUCCGCAGAAUGACUCGCUUUCGCUCGCGCAGCAACAGAGUUUCAUGAGGGGUAUACCCAAAGUCGAGCCUACCCCGUACGCCUUCACCUACGAUGACGCCUCAUUCUUCGAGGAGGAGCUGGAGGAAUGGUUCUCAUACGCUGUGGAAGAGCAGGCUAUGUUGCUAAAGACACAGGCGUCUUACGCCCUUGAGUGGAGCGCAUACCAUGGCCUAAACGACGCUUCAAACGGCGAGGACGGUUUGGACUGGGCCACGGCGACAACAUCACAACACCGAGACUUUGUAGUACACUUAUUGGGAGGACUGAAGGAGGUGGAUCCUGCAUUGAGGCUUAAAAAGCUCGAAGCUUUGGUCUAUGUCCUUCUCGGGUGCUGGCACGAGACUGCUGGUUUAUCUGAAUCACCAACGGCUGGCAAGACACCCUCAGACCGAGACUCGAGUGCGGGCACAGCACGUAGCACUGCAUAUGAGAAGUCGGGAAGACAAGCAUCGCUCAUCAAGCGCAAUGUACACCUAUUGGCUGAUAACAAUGGCGUACAACCAGUCGUCGACGUACUCACCUCUUCGCUUUUGAGGUCGUGCGGAAUAGAUAGCAUUCCUGAGGCUCCGCGCGAUUCAAGAGAGGCAGAGCGGCGUGAGAUUUGGUGUGCGAUGACGGCAGUCUACGUCCUACUCGAAGUUGCGCGUGAUGAGGAAAAGACGGGAAAGGGCCUCAAACUCCGAGGCGCUAUCCUUGGUCUAGACAAGCCAGGUCUGCUUAUGCUCUUUGUGGAUCUCAUUGCAAAGCUUAGGUGGGACGAGACGAUCAGUCUGCCCUUGAGUAAGAUCUCUCUACUACUAUGGAAAACGAUAUUGGUUACCUUUGGCGGCCUCCAGCAGGUUGAUAAAGUAAAAGAAACGUUCCAGGAUCAUAGUCUUGAUUCGAAAGAUAGCAAAGGACAGCCGCUCAUAACUGCUUCGCCUCUCGAUUACCAUCUGUUCCGACAGGAGAUCAGUUCAAAGUACCCAGCGUACAAUCCUCCACUCCCACUCUUCCCUCUCGAACCCGAGAACAACUCCAUUCUACCACCCCUCAAGAAUCAUCCAAAUAAAGUCGCCGGCAAUCAUGUUUUCGGUUCCGGACUUGGGGAAUCAAACGGCAACAGCACAUCUAUCCUCCACCAGCCAGUUCACAUUGCGACCCCAGCGCCUUCCCCUCCUCCUUCGCCUGCAGGCCCUGGUGGCAAAGGCGGAAAGAAACAGAAUUAUCAAACGAAUCAGAUGUUUCCGUUCUUGUAUCCUCCGCUCGACGAGUCUAGCAAUAAUUUGGGCGGUAAAGGCUCGACUGACCUGCAGGAUUUGCUUGUAGGACGCAAAUGGGAAGGCUCGGAUAUACCCGCCUCAAUUCUCGAGGCAGCAGAACUCUUUGCGAAGCGCAUGAAAGCUACACGCGCAAUGAAGCAACUAUGGGAGGAGCGUGUAGCGUUUAUGAAGUAUGAGCGAGGCUGGACAGGUCCAGAUGAACAUCGUGAUAUAGAGGAACUGUCGCUCGAACCAAAAGAUGAGCCGAAGAAGCAACCGCCUCCUCCUGGAAGCCCUGAGGAGCGGUUGGGCUUCGUCGAAGAGUUUUACCGUGUCGCGCUGCCGAAUCUACAGUCACUGAUCAUUGUCCUCAUCAAGGCAAUCCUUGCGCAUGUCACAGCACUCGUCACGCAAUCUAGUGGAGCGAAUGGCCUUCAGAGUGGGUUCCAAUUUCAAGACCAGAAUGGUACGGCAGCUGGACGGCCCGAUAUGAACGGUUUCAAUGGUCACACCACCGUAGCUACGAACGAGGAGCUGGAUGCGAUGCGAACGCAAGAAGUUUUGGAUAAAGCAGUCACUGGCACCUUGAUAUUGAUCUUGAAGUGGUUCAAGGCGUCGCAUAUCCUAAAGUUUGAGUACAUCACACAGCUGCUUGUAGACUCAAGCUAUGUUCCGUUGAUCUUGAAGCUACUGCAGCUACAAGAGGUUGAGAAGAUUGUCAACUUUAGGAGCGAACAGGAAGAACUCAACUUCUUCAACUUUUGCCGAACACACUCGAGGAAUGCGUCUGAAGAGGACAAUGCCGACCAGCAAGACGGAGAAAAGCAGGACGGCGAAUCAGAAGAAGACGAUGCAGCUCCACCUCCAAUUCGUCUUUCAAGACAAGACUCGACCGAUUCAGGCGUUGAGCCGGCCCUGCCACCAGCUCAGCUCCAGCCUCCAGAAGUGGACGAACUUGGCUUUCCUACCAAUGAAUUGCCAAAGGAGCCAAUCACCAACUUUUCAUGGCGGGCUUUCUUCACGUCCAUCAACUACCUGCGCAUCAUGCAAAAGAUCUGUAAGAACAAAGCGCAUCGGAAUCUCAUGCUGGUCUCAUACAAGUCUUCGCAAUUCCUCCGCAAGGGCCUAAAGGUGCCGCAGCCAGAGUUACGCUUAUAUACGCUCAAGCUCUUCAAGAAUCAAGUUCCAUACUGUGGUCGCAAAUGGCGACAGUCCAAUAUGCGCGUCAUUACUGCAGUAUAUCUACAUUGUAGACCAGAGCUUCGAGAUGACUGGCUAGCUGGAAGCGACGUGGACGCCGAAGUCGACGAAAGCGUACCGCUCGAACAGGCCCUACGUUCUCUCACACAUUGGCAUAAUCUUAAGCGGUACCCAGAGAGCCUAGGCGCUAAGCCUGGUGUGCUAGAAGAAGAGCAAGACUUUUUCCGGAACGAGCUCGAGAAGAUGGAUUGGGGCGAUGAAAUUGUCAAUGAAGGCGAGCUAGAGCAUGGCUGGCCGGAUCUUCAGGUUGAGGGUUGGUGA